AUGCAGCGCACAGUAGUAACUGGUGAGACGCAGGAGAGCUCCAGGCAGGAAGAACCCCACAGUCCGGGAGAUCUCUCAGCACCUGUGUCACCCCAAGACCACAAGACAGACUUUUCUAAUACCUCCCCAGAAAGCCAAACCCACCCUGCGAAGGAGCGAAUUAAAUGGCCCAAGAUGGGCGACAAUAAGGAAUGGGACCAACUAGACAAAGAUCUCGAUAAAGUGCUAGAAGUUACACUAGUAGGGACAGCUGAGCAGAAAGUCAACACUCUCACAACAAUAACGUACAAUCUGGCAAGGGAGCGGUUCGGACUGGAGGAUAAGAAGGAGAACAUCAGGGCUGUACACCAACCAAAUAGAAGAGAAAGGGAAAUCCACCACUUAAGGAAAGAAAUUAAGGUGCUUAAUAAGCAGUUCAAAAGAUCUAUGGUUUGUGAAAGAGAAGGCAUCAAGGACCUGACGAGUCAACUCCGAGAACGUCUCUGCAGUCUCCGAAGAGCAGAAAGCACUCGUAAAAGAAGGAAGGAUAGGGAGAACAAAAGAUCUCAGUUCACCAAAGACCCCUUCCGAUUCACCAGAACACUGCUAGGGGAAGUAAAGUCUGGAAGGCUGACCAGCACCAGAGAAGUCGUGGAGACAUUUUUGAGAGAAACCCACAAUGACAUCUUCAGAAACCAGGUCCUUGAUGCCAACCCAAAUAUCAACAGUGUUGAUAUACCUGCAAAGGAGCUUAACAUUAGCAAACCAGCCUGGAAGGAAAUCCAAGAGGUGGUGAAGAAGGCCAGGUCGGGUUCUGCCCCUGGCCCAAGCGGCAUACCCUAUAAGGUGUAUAAGAAGUGCCCAAUGCUCCUCCGGAGGCUAUGGAAGCUGUUCCAGAGGAUUUGGAAGAAGGGCAUCAUUCCAUUGUGUUGGAAAAGGGCAGAAGGCUGCUUCAUACCAAAAGAAGAGAACUCCUCAACCAUAGACCAAUUUAGAACAAUCUCACUGUUAAGUGUAGAAUGUAAGAUUUUCUUCUCUGUACUGGCUAAGAGGAUGACCUCAUAUAUGACUGAAAAUGGAUAUAUCGACACUGCUAUCCAGAAAGGGGGGAUCCCGGGCUUCUCUGGAUGUCUGGAACAUGCUGGAGUUCUCAGUCAGAUGAUCCAGGAGACCAAGGCCAGCAAAGGCAAUCUGACCGUUGUUUGGCUGGACCUGGCUAAUGCGUAUGGAUCAAUCCCUCACGCCCUUAUCCAUGCAGCACUAGACCAUUAUCUCAUACCUCAGCACAUCAAGGGAAUGAUCACCAGUUACUUUGGCGGAAUCCAGCUACGAUUCAGGACAGGCCACUUCACCACCGAGUGGCAAAACUUGGAAAAAGGGAUCUGGUUCGAUGAUUCAUUUACCGACAGGAAUAACAUCAGCAGUACAGAGAAGCAGACAGAGGAAUGGCUGAGGAGGAUCGAAAAAUCAGGGCUCCCGGGGAAGUUCAAAGCAUGGCUUUACCAACAUGGUUUGCUGCCAAGACUCAUGUGGCCGCUGACGGUGUAUGAAGUUCCCAUGACAAGCGUCGAAAGAGUGGAGAGAAAGAUUAACAAGUACCUCCGGAGGUGGCUGGGAAUUCCUCCAAGUUUCACUUCAGUAGGCCUUUACAUAAGAUCAGGGCAGCUCCAACUUCCUCUGUCAUCCGUGGUUGAGGAAUUUAAGGUAGCAAAGUGCAGAGUCAUAAUGACAUACAGAGACUCCCAGGAUGAACAAGUCAGGCAGGCAGGUAUCCUUACAAGAUCAGGACGCAAAUGGGCAGCUGACUCAUCUGUUGCACAAGCUGAAAGUAUGCUGAAGCUACGUGACAUCAUGGGAACGCCAUGCAUAGGAAGACAGGGUCUUGGAACUUCCCAUAUCCAGCAAUGGGGGAAGGCUGGAUUGAAGGAUAGAAGGGCCAUGAUCCAGGCGGAGGUACGGAACCUGGAAGAGGAAGAACGAAGGGCAAGGGCAGUGGAACUAGCAUCCCAGGGAGCAUGGACCAAGUGGGACCUACCCAAGAGGAAGAUCACAUGGGGAGAUCUGUGGAAACUGGAACCUUUCCGUAUCUCAUUCUUGUUAAGAUCGGUGUAUGACACACUCCCAACCCCGACAAACUUGCACAAGUGGGGCUUAAGAGAGGAUCCACUGUGCAAGCUUUGUGGGGAGAAGGGUACCAUGGCACACAUCCUGUCAGGGUGUAAAACAGCACUGGCCCAAGGUAGAUACAGGUGGCGCCAUGACAAGGUGCUCAUGACACUUGCCAACACCCUGGAGCAGUAG